AUGAGGAUGGAGGCGCUGACGGCCCGCACUAGCGAGGUGCUAGGAAAGCAGAUACACUGGUGGAUACUGGGUGCAAAAGUCGUUUACAAUUCCAUCGAAUGCUCUUUAAGGGGCAAGGUCUUCUCAAAGAUCUACUGCCAGCGGACUUCCAGGCUGUCGCUGAACAUCGAUGUAACCAUCGGUGAACAGCCGGCGGACAAUAUAUUUGGACUCUGCGAACUUACACUGACCUCCAAGGGACAGCGGAAGAUGAGGCCAUUGAAGGGUUUCAAAUUGGACUUGUGCCACCUGAAAAGGAACUCUAAGACUCAAUCCUUGCUGGGCAGCUACUAUAGAGCACUGAGCAGGGCGGCUGUAAACCUUCCUGCCAGGUGCCCCUUCAGCAAAGACACCAAUAUCCUUCUAAGGGGACUAAUUCUGGAUCAGGAAAUUCCGCAAUACUUACCAGAGGUAAAUUACACUUUCAAAGGAAAGUUUUAUGCCAACAAUGAGUUAGGACUCGAGGUUAAGGUCAUUGGUGGAUUUUAUAUAAAUGGUAGUGAUUCCAACCUAUGA